AUGGCGCAAGAAUUCGACUUUGUCAUCGUCGGUGGUGGCACAGCCGGCUGCCUCCUCGCCGCCCGCCUCGCCGCGACACCCUCCCACCCCAGCGUUGCGCUGGUCGAGGGCGGCGGUGACAUCAACAAGCCCGAGUACCGGCGCACCGCCGAGCGCUACUUCACGGUCGCGCAGCCGGGGCUGGACUACGGGUACGUCUCGACGCCGCAGGAGCACGCGCGGGGCCGCGAGGUGCCGCAGGCGCGCGGGAAGGGGCUGGGCGGCUCGAGUGCGGUCAACUUCCAGGUGUGGUCGCUCGGCGCGCGGGCGGAGUUCGACGCGUGGGCGGAGGCGGCUGGGGACGAGGUUUGGGGGUUUGAGAGUGUUGUUGAGAGGGUGAAGCAGUUGGAAAACCUGCACACGGAUGGGCUGGGGAAAGAGUGGGAUGGAUAUGUCAAGCCGAAUCCGAAGUAUCAUGGCUAUUCCGGACCUGUGGAUGUUUCCAUUGGACAUAUCGAGCGGGAGACCAAGUCCUUCAUUGACGCUGGGGUUGAUCUCGGGCAUAAACGCAAUUUGGAUCCGAAUGAUGGAGAUCCAAUUGGUUUCUCGUUGAACUCAUCAACCAGUUUGAACGGCGUGCGCACAACCAGCGCCUCGGCAUUCCUAGAGAAAGGCAUCCCGCCCAACUUGAAAAUCCUGACGGAGAGACGUAUCGUCAAGAUCCUAUUCGAAAACGAUCGGGCCCUUGGAGUUGUGAAGGAAGAUGGGUCGCAGAUACGGGCCAAGAAGGAAGUCAUCCUCGCAGCCGGCGCAUUGGACACUCCCCGGCUGCUACUCCUUUCGGGUAUCGGCCCCAAGGCAGACCUGGAAAAACUCGGAAUCAGCGUUGUUAAAGACCUGGACGGGGUUGGCAAGUCGUUCACGGACCAUCCCAUGAUUGUCACCUGCUUCCAGAUGAAGCCCGGGUUCACGGACAGAAUGGGCCUAGCUGAUCCGGCCAAGUACCAAGAAGCCAUCAAGCAGCUCACCGAGACCGGAAACGGGCCCCUCUUGGGACACUUCUCGUCCGUUCCGCACGCGUUCCUGAAGAACGAUAGGGCCUACGCGACCGCGGAAUUUGAAGCCCUCCCCAGAGAUGCGAAAGAUCUGUUGCUGAAGACAGGUGUUCCGAGCUACGAGAUGGUGAUCGGCCCGCUGAUCCCUCCAAACCAUGCCUUCGAGAGCGCAGACGAUGGCUUCUUCUCAAUCUUCGUGGCGAACAUGAACUCCCAAUCUCGCGGCCAGAUCAAGCUCAAAUCCACCAACCCGAAGGACCCGCCUUUGGUCAACCCAAAGUACCUGAGCCACCCAUACGACGUCGUUAACCUGCGAGAGGCGCUCAGGGAGGGGCUGAAGCUGAUGCAAACAUCGACGAUGAAAGAGCAUUUUGUGAGGCCCAUCUUUGCGCCCAAAUCCGACAGCGACGAAGAUAUCGUGGAAUUCAUCGAGCAAAACGUCGCUGGCUUGUGGCACCCUUCAUGUAGUGUGAGGAUGGGCAAGACUGAGCAGGAUGGCAGCUGUGUCGAUGCAGACCUGAAGGUCCAUGGGCUGAGCGGAUUGAGAGUUGCUGAUCUGAGUGUUACAUCCAUGCUUCCAAGGUGCUCUUAA